AUGCACAUUUAUACGUUGAGUUUUGCUACUUGUACACUGGAUGUCUCUAGUGCUCCGCCUCAGGCAUCCUAUAACGUAGCAAUUCUUGGAGCUGCUGGUGAUAUAGGCUCCACUUGCCCCUUGGUUAAGAUGUCACCAUUAGUGUCUGAAUUGAAUCUUUAUGAUAUAGCAAAUGUCAAAGUAGUUGCAGCUGAUCUCAGUCACUGUAAUACAUCAUCUAAGGUUUCUGAUUUUAAAGGAACAUCUGAGUUGGCAGAUUCUUUGAAGGGUGUAAAUCUUGUUGUCAUACCUGCUGGUGUUCCAAGGAAGCCAGGAAUGACAUGUGAUGACCUAUUUAACAUUAAUGCCGACACAGUUAAAACUUUAGUCGAGGCUGCAUCCUAUAAAGUAGCAAUUCUUGGAGUUGCUGGUGAUAUAGGCUCCACUUGCCCCUUGGUUAAGAUGUCACCAUUAGUAUCUGAAUUGAAUCUUUAUGAUAUAGCAAAUGUCAAAGUAGUUGCAACUGAUCUUAGUCACUGUAAUACAUCAUCUAAGUUUCGGCUUAUGGAUGAAUCGGAUGGAAAAUCACUAGAGGAGGCAUCAGUUGAAAAUGAAUUGGAUGGUGAUGAGAUAACAGAGCAGACUGCUCCUUCCCACAUGACUGUUCCAGUUUAA